AUGUCCACUGAGCUCUUCGUCCUGAUAUUCAUUCGCCGAUGUGGGCAUCAGCAGCACCUCGGAAACUUUUAUUUGAAACACGAAGUUGUCGGUCUCGCUGGCACCUCAGGGGCAACAGCGCUCUCAAAAACACCGGGCGCAUCUUCAGGGAUUCAUAAGACAGGGGUGCACAUCGUUGGCAGGGCCCAGUCCGCCAAGGCCAACGAGAGUGACUUUGACAUCCUCUACCAAGGAAACCAAGACUUCCGUGCAACCCAUGCCGACUCGAUAAAGAAACUAUCAACAGGCCAAGCACCUAAAUUCCUUUUCUUGGGGUGCUCUGAUAGUCGCGUCCCAGAAGGAACCGUAUUCAAUGCCAAACCUGGAACGUUCUUUGCUGAGCGCAACAUCGCGAAUUUGUUCGAACAGCAGGAUAAUAAUGUGAAGGCGAUUGUUUCGUACGGCGUCGAACAUCUGCACGUCAAGCACAUCAUUGUUAUGGGCCACUACGGCUGCGGCGGUGUGCAGGCUGCGAUUGCCUCUCCUCCGCCCCUACCCUGGGACGAGGCAACCACCUCGAUACAGACGUGGAUUAAGCCUAUUCGCAAGCUCUACCAGACCUCCAAUAGACGUGAGAUCGUCGAGCUGAGGGAGCGAAAUGAGGGGGAAGAAGAGGUGGCUGGCCCGCCCACUCACGACCCCGGAUUCCGAGCGCUAGUGGAAGAGAACGUCAAAUCGACCGUCUCGAAUAUCGUUCGCAGCAAGAUCAUCGCCCAGUCAUCCUAA